AUGGCAUCCAACACGCAAGAACCUUCGAGCCCCUCGGCUUCCUCUAUAUUCCUCCCACUCGGCAGGCGGUCUCGGCGUGGCUCCCACACCUCUAUCACUAGUGAAGCUGAAAAGGAGAACCUAACAGAGGCUCUAGAUCAGAUACACAGCGCCGCUUCACAGAUGGGAACCCUCACCGUGUUUAAUGAAUACACGAAUCCACCGGUUCGAUCCGUAGCCAUCGAUAACAAGGGUCUGGUGGGAGAUCUCCAAGGUGGAUUAAGCGGUCUUUACAACAUUUUCAAAGCAUCUGUUGGGGGAGUUAGGGAAAUGGUUGGCGGCCCCAGUAAAGCUGCAGACGCUGUAUCCCAGGACCCAGGAAACAAUGAUUCCUCAAAAGCCCCGGUUGUUGGCGCUCGCCUUGCAGACACUUCAUCUACUCAUAUAGCCUCAACACAGGCUUCGGCUACAAACUCCCCCGUCAUGGGAACAUUCCCACCGCUCUCAGAAGGAGCCGGAAGUAGCCAGCCUAAAACCAUCAAGAUUCCCUCCAAAGCCGCGAGCGUCUCAUCCAAGACAUCGAUACCCGCCGGAAACCCAUUAAAGUCUCCACUACUACCAUUAUCUAAGGUACACCAACCAGCUACAGCAGACCCCACUGUGACUGAGAUAAAUGUGAAUGCUAUCAAAGAUGGCCACCAUCAUCACAGAAGUAAUUCCGGGAGCUUAUCGUCUAGUCUGCUGAUGAACUCUGAUACAAUAACCUCUGAGCGCAAGGAUCGACCAUCCCAUCUAUCUUCUAGUCAAGUAUCCCAAGAGUCCACCGUAGCUAUGAGAUCUCAAUCACCCAUACUACUGGCAAAGGCAAGCAGUGGUAGCUACAGAGACUUCCAGGAAUCCGACUUCAACCAAACAGCCUUUCCUGAACCGACAUCUCACGAUGGGUCAAUAUCCCUGAAAUUAUACUCAAACAGCGCAUCCAGGAGCGGCUUAUCUGAAAUGGAUACUUCCAUGUAUUCUACCCAACAAAAGCCUAACCAAGUUGAAAGUACUCAUGAUGACAAAUAUAGGCGCAAAGAUACCUAUCCUGAGGAUUCCAAUGUAUCACUAGCCAUGGAUUCUGGCCCAACCUCCAUCUCAAAUAGCAUGUCCAAGUUUGGUGGUUCAACUAACGAUGGAAAUACCAUCGCUACGCUAGACACGUCAGUGUCCAUGACAGAUCAUGGGAUCCCUUCGGCACACUCAUCAAAGGCAUCAAUUAACGUAUCCAAAGAGAAGCUACCGCCCCGUGUUACCCAGCCGCAUGUUCCUAGAUUUGUAUUUCCUAGCAUUUCAUCCUCAGAAUCUUCCCAAACAGUCUCCACCACUGGAAACACUUCAAAACAUGUUCAAAAGGAAGCUGAGAAAGCCAGCCAAACGAACAACUAUCCUUUUUAUCCACGAUGGGGCCAAAGCGAGGCGCAGACCGGCGCCAAGAAUAAACUGCUUAGCAAGGAGUUUUGGAUGAGAGACGAAAACGCAAAAGAUUGCUUUUACUGUGGCGAGCCUUUCUCAACUUUUAGAAGAAAGCACCAUUGCAGGGUUUGCGGACAAAUCUUCGAUGCUAAAUGCACUACCCUUAUCUCUGGAGUUUCUUUUGGAUAUUCUGGUUCCAUUAGAGUCUGCAAACCAUGCGACGCUGUUAUCAAUGCCCCAAGGGACGAUUCUUCCGAUUAUUCUGGCGAUGAAGUGCGCAACCCGGUCGUUAUCAAUACCAGGGGGUUGGAGUCUCCGGGGGAUCACCUGAGUCUCAGCAAUAUAGGAGAAGACGACGCUAGCUCUACCGUAUCACAGUCUCUAGAUCAUGUACUAAAAACCCCGACCAUGGCAAUACCCGCCACACGACGUACUGGUGAUGGAAAUCAUAGACGAUCAGCUAUCCUGGAAAUAGACUCGGAUCGUCAACUUGCUCGGCCAACCUCAUCAAGAUCUUUGAAGUCAGGAAUAAGUAGGUCGCAUUCGGUUCCACAUAAAAGACACCAUUCAAGGACACAGUACAUACGCAACUUCAAACCCUACCAUGACGAAAGAGCCCCAUUCCAAAGGCGCUUUGGAGAUGAUACUCUUGGUGAUAAAUUGCCUGCAUUCCAUAGAGAUAAUAUCAUCGAUCCUGACUUAGCCCAAUAUCUUUCCGAUGAUGCUUCAAGUGAAGAGGACCAGCCAAGCUUGUUCUCAGUUGUUGGUGAAGGCUCACUGUCGCGAAGUGGCGGAGAUUCUGAGAAGGCUACAUUUGGAGGCCUGCUUGCUGCUGUUAAAAAAGGUCGCUCUCGUUUUGGCGAUAAGAGUGGGUUAUAUCCUUCGCGUGACAUAGACGAUGGGAGUGUUAGUAGUUCUCGUGCUAUUAAUUUGCCACGUUCAGCUAGGAGGCGAAAUUUGAGCGUUGCAAGCAGCGUUCAUCAGCGGAUAUCUCCCCGAAAUUCGAAGGAAAACCCAUCGCUCCAUCAUAUACAUGAUAUAAGUGCCCCAGCAUUCACCACUCCAACAAACCCUGCAACUACUGGGUUCAAAAUGACCAGGAGCGCCUCCAUGAGAGGUGCUGGGGCGCCAGCCAUUGAGCUAAAUAAAGCCAGUCUAGACCAUGUGCGCAAAUUGCUGCACCAGCAGCUACGUGAUUCAUCAGUACCGAACUGUCAAAGCUGGGAAACCGCACUCCUGCCUAUUCUACUGAAGGCAACAGAUGACGUCGAACCUGAUGUCCAGCAUGGUGAUGAUAUGGAUAUUCGCCAUUAUGUCAAGCUUAAAAAGAUCCCGGGCGGCCGACCGAGUGAUACAGCUUAUGUUUCUGGUCUGGUUUUUACAAAAAAUCUAGCUCUAAAGAGUAUGCCGAGAAAUAUCUCACACCCCAGGAUCCUCAUCGUUACCUUUGCCUUGGAAUACGCGCGCCAACAGCAGCACUUCAUGAGCUUGGAGCCAGUUAUUCGUCAAGAACGGGAGUUUCUAGAGAACCUUGUCAACCGAAUAGCAGCUCUUAGCCCUAACUUACUGUUGGUCACAAAACAUGUGUCUGGCUUAGCCCUGCAAUUGCUAGAAAAAGCGAACAUUGCCACAGUUUGCAACGUUAAAGAGUCUGUCGUGGAAGCUGUCUCGCGUUGCACACAGACUAGGAUUAUCACUUCUAUGGAUCGUCUGGCUGCGUCUCUAUCUUACACCGGCCACUGCGGGAGUUUUGACUUGAAGACUUACGUUUAUGGCAAACGCAAAAAGACAUACAUGUACAUUUCCGGCUGUCCAAAGGAACUGGGAUGCACAAUUGUACUUCGUGGUGCUAACAAUGAUGUUCUUGUCGAGAUUAAGCGGAUCACAGAAUUCAUGGUGUACGUGGUGUACAAUUUGAAACUUGAGACUUGCUUAAUGAGGGAUGAGUUUGCAAAAAUUCCGUCCUCUCCCUCUAAGCUUGCUCAAUCAGGGCAAAAAAGCCCAAAUCCCCCAGGCACACAAUCAGGCGAUGACUCAACUUCUUACACUGUCAAAAAUGAAACAGCUGAUACCCCCGUCCCAGCAGAUGGAGAUUCUGGUAAUGAAGUGUCUGCGCCUGAGAAAAGCCUACCUGCCAUACUAACACAGGGCCAACCGGAUGAAAGCGAUGUUCCUCCUCCGGCUUUCUAUGAAGACAUGGUAGAGAAACAUCAAGUUAAGCUGUUGUCAGCCUCUCCAUUUGUGAAAUUCCAUCAACCAUACCUUCUUAUGCGCGCGCGAGCCUUAGAACGCCAACUUGCCUAUCUUAAACGCCUUCGUGACCAAGACUUCUCCCAAGAGUCCUCUCCGGAAGAGAAAACGAAAUCCGAGAAAUUCUUCCUGAUCACUCCGGAGAUGAUACACGAAUCAUUAUCUGGUGCAUCCAGUAAAGUGAAAGAAGUAAUCCAUGCAGUUCAUGAUGCUGAAUAUGACAGAGCGUUGCAUCACUACGAAACUCAAAAACGGCAAUGGGAAGCAUAUAUAUCGGGGAACAGGAAUCUCUUUGACCCGCAUGCUCAUCAAAAUAUAGUUGUGUUGUAUAGUUUGGUCUGUACAAAAACGUCUAUCCCAUGCGCUGGCCCCGAUACCUUUGCGCUAGCAUUUUACAAUCAACACGAAAUUGAUAAUAAACUGUUUGAGGAGGAUUGCACCCUUGGGCAAUACGUUGAAGAUUUAUGCCAUAGUGCAAAUGCUGUUUGUGCAGCAAACGGUUGUGAGGAACGAAUGUUCGAACACCAUCGUCAAUACGUUCACGGCGAAGCUCAAGUCAGCGUAUUCGUUCAACCGUACCCGUCAAAACUACGGGGGCUUCAAGACACAAUUCUAAUGUGGAGUUGCUGCAAGAAGUGUGGCAAUGAGACACCCGCGAUGCCCAUGUCGGAUAGUACCUGGCGGUAUUCAUUUGGAAAAUAUCUAGAGCUUUCGUUCUCCAGCGCUGACUUGCAUGCUCGAGCUGGGGUUUGCCCCCAUGAUCUGCAUCGAGAUCAUCUACGGUACUUUGGGCUUAAAGAUAUGGCUCUUCGAAUACACUACGACCCCAUCAACCUGCUGGAAAUCAUUGUUCCUCGCCCAAGAGUCACUUGGAAAGUGGAUAAAGACCUGAGGGUCCGUAAUGAAGUCUACCUUGCAGCGGAGAGAAGGAUAAAUAAGUUUAUGGCAUCAGUGAAAGCACGACUUAAAUCCAUAAAUGUUGAAAGUGUCAUGCCCGAAAUAGCACAAGCUUGCCAGCAGGAAGUUGAAGCACUUAAUAAGCGCGCUAAUGAUGAUCAUCUUGCACUUAUUAAGGAGCAUCAAGCCCGGUACAUGAACACCCGGUACUGGGAGGUUAUUCCUUUGAAUACCGUUAUCAUCUCAACACAAGAAAAGGUCGUUGAGUGGGACGCAAUAUUUGCCGAAUUCGAGAGAAACUAUUUUCCAUCUGAGAAGGACAUCAGGCGAUUGGCGACUUUACAGCUCAAGAAAAUUUUCCUAGAUAGAGAUGUGUCUGUCACUUCCCUCACGUCAAGUGAAGAAUCCGGAGCGAUACCAGUUGAAACAGAGGAGGGGGUUACAACUCCUUCAGGCUCGCCUCGUUUGACAAGAAGGAUGACACUGUCACCACAAGAGGCAAAGCAUAUGUUAGCCUCGGUGGUGGAAGAACACACGACAAAGCCGAUAAAGCAGAUUGAAGGUGAAGAGCCGAAUCCACAAACUCCCACACCAGGUGCGGACCCCCAAGAAGCAGGUGACAUAUCGCCAAUGAAACCUAUAAUCGCCUCUGAAAACGAAUUCCGGCAUUUGGAUCUGGCUAUCCCAUCAAAUCUGGUUGAAAAGCUAUCUCCUCCAAAGGCUAAUACGCCUGACAACGUUGAUAACAACCACCCUGAUAAUUCAACAGCCAAUGAUACACCAAAUACCCCGGUGGACGAAGUUGAGAUACCAAGUGAGCCUCGCUUGAGCGUUGAUAGUAAUUCAAACAGCCACGAUGUCACAGAAGCCGUCAAGCGUCCUUCAGGUUUACCUCGCCCCCGUGAUAGGGGUCCCUAUAACUUCAAAGGAAAGUCCCCGCCCUUAAUGAGAACGCUAUCACAGCCAGCACAUUCACGGCAGCCACUUUCUAGCCCAGUAUUGCCCCAAGAUAGACCCUUGAAACCCAGUGGAGAAAAGCCGGCGGAAAUCGGUAAAGGAACCUUCACAUCUAAAAGGCAGCGCUUCUCAGAGCGGCUUAGACUCGCAGGAUUGAAAUCACCAAAAUUACCUGGCGGCCCUUCUUUAAUACCCCGUUCAGUUGCAAAGAAAAGCUCUCAUGUUUCUUAUCUUACUAGACAUUUCGAGGAAUUAAGUCGAGAAUUCCAAAAGGAACGAAUAAUGCAAAAUCACCGACGUGCUGCUCAAGGGAAACAAUCGCGAGCUUACCCAAUGGCAUCUUCCAAACCAAUUGUUGAAGUAUACAAAAGUGUCAGGGAUGCUGUGGAGGAACGUGAGCCUGGGUAUGAAGAGUUUCCUAUGAGCGCGCCCACAGCGAUAGUACAGAAGGAAGAACCCGUAGCCCCAACCACGGAAAUUGUUGAAGUUGCCGAACCACCAGUUGCUCGGCCGGAGACUCCUGAUAAAAUCAUUGAGGAGCGGCGGACUUCCGAUGAAAGUUUGCGUGAUGGUGAUCAAACAGAGCAAAACCUUUCAGGAGGAGAUGGCGAAGAUGAACACAGUGAUGGUGAAAAGAACUAUUUGGACGAUAGCCGGAAUAUAGAACCAAGCGAUGAGGCUACUUCACUAUCACCGGAUGAAAUCGCCCUAGACCUCAAAGAGCUUCCGAAACAUGAGCGAACCUCCUUGGUAAAAAUGCUUACUAACUUCUGGGCUGAACGUUCCGCAAGUGGCUGGGCUCCCUUGGAUUAUCCGCUUAGCGACUCUGACCAUGUCUUUGCGGAUUGCGAUAUUAUUGUCAGGGAAGAUGAGCCGAGCUCGUUGAUUGCCUUUGCUUUGAACUCCGAAGAUUACCAGCAAAAGCUGAAAAGUAUCCAGGAACAGAAUGAAGCAAGCGAUUCAGUAAAUGUUGAUGCGGGGCCCGAGGUUGAACAGUCGUUGCUUCGAAGUACCGGCACACACCUCAAAUAUCAAUUCCAAGAGGGCCAAGCAAAGAUGCUUUGCAAAGUAUUUUAUGCUGAGCAAUUCGACGCUCUUCGCAGAAAAUGUGGUGUUGCUGACCGUAUUGUCGAGUCACUUUCUCGGUGCAUGAAAUGGGAUUCCAAAGGAGGGAAGACGAAAUCAGUCUUCCUUAAGACACUAGACGAUCGAUUUAUACUGAAGUCGCUUUCAACCAUAGAGACUCAAGCCUUCUUGAAAUUUGCACCUGAUUACUUCCAGAUCAUGUCUGAGGCGCUCUUCCAUGAACUUCCUUCUGUGAUUGCAAAAAUGUUUGGUUUUUACCAAGUCAUUAUCAAGAAUCCGGUAACGGGAGUGGAAUUCAACUGGUUUCUACUGAUUAUGGAAAACUUGUUCUACGACCGUACUCCAACUAGGAUAUUUGACCUCAAGGGUUCCAUGCGUAACCGGAAGGUUCAAAGCACCGGAGAAAGAAAUGAAGUCCUGCUUGAUGAAAAUAUGGUUGAGUUCAUCUACGAAAGCCCACUUUUCACUCGAGAACACUCGAAAAAACUACUUAGCCAAAGCGUCUGGAAUGAUACGCUAUUCCUCGCACGCCAGAAUGUCAUGGACUACUCUCUCAUGAUCGCUAUAGAUGAGAGCAAGCAAGAAAUUGUGGUUGGCAUUAUUGACUGCAUCCGAACUUACACUUGGGACAAGAAAUUGGAGUCUUGGAUUAAAGACCGAGGGUUUGCAGGAGGUGGUAAGAACCGACCGACAGUGACUAGCCCUAAGGAGUACAAAAGUCGCUUCCGGGAAGCAAUGGCUCGAUAUGUUCUCUACGCCCCUGACUCGUGGCACCAGUUCCAUGCUGUCAAUCCAAACAAGCAGCCUCCCAAAAUCCAAAACGAAACCAAGGAUACAAUUACCCCACAGAGCAGACUACCAGAUGCAGCUGUCCCUCCACCAUAA